GCGCUAAGUUAUUGGAAGGAAAGAGUGUACUAUCGCUAUUUUAGAAUGCCAGUGAUGUUCACGUCAACACCAUCAUCAGCGACACCAACAGUUUCAUAUCAGAUUAAGGAAAAAACUCCGACGACUGGCGAAGCGAUUUGUGCAGUAUGUGGCGAUGGUCAUGCAAAACUGCACUACGGUGUUCUGGCGUGCUAUGGUUGUAAAGGAUUUUUCCGUCGAACAUUAACAGGGAAAUACCGUUAUGCAUGCCGUUUUGGUAACAAUUGCGUCGUCGACAAAUGUAAGUAG